AUGGAACGAGCCCGGCUGCCCAUGUGGGCGCGGCAGCUUCUCCAGGCAGCGCUGGGCAGUCUGCAACACCUCCGGGCCUUGAGGGAGCAGUUGCGAGCGUUCCUCCGGGUGGUGGACAUGGCUAUCUUGGAGCAGGCGGGGACCCCUCUCAGCGGCCAGGCUGGGAGCAAGUAUACCCGCGUCGAUGUGGAAAGCGGGGACGCCGACGACUGCGGCUUUGACGACCUGCAGCCGCGGGACAUGAACGGGGACCUCGCCGAUGUUGGUUCGGCAAGCUCGCCCCCCUCGACCGAGCCGUGCCAUUCGCCAGCCCCUUCGAACAGGAGCCGGCCGCCCGUUGAAGCCCCCCCGGCUCUCGGGGAGCGGCAGAUGCAGUACUUUCGUGAUUUAUUCAGUGGUUUCGAAGCGAAGACGGAGCAGCGCCAGCAGGCCAUGCUGGAUAUGUCCACGAACCCCCACACCUCGAUGGGUAAGAUCAGCCAGGAUCUACAGAGCACCCAGGCGCAGGUCGCCGAGCUCCAGGAGAGCAGGAGUAUCGUGGACGCCGAGCUCGUGAAGAUCAACGGGCGCUGCGACCAGGCUGACACGGACAUCAAGCUGCUGCAGCGGACGGUCGCUGUCCCCCAGUCCGGUCCGCCCCACAUUGCUGAGGAGAGGCCGCACACCACGCCGCGGUCCCAGCGUACGCAGGCCAUGCUCGGUAACCUUGGCUGGGACGACACCCCGGACACGAUCGUGGAGCGAGCCGAGACCGUCCUGGAAUCGGCUCGCGUCCCGGGGGAGUCCUACAAUAAUCUGAAAGCUUCUUUCCGGGGUUCAGGCUCGGCAGCAGAGCUCGAGUUUGGGACGCCGCAGUUGCUUCGGGAAGCCGCGAAGAAGGUGGAGGACUUGGAGAAGUCUUUCAGCACGGUGGAGGGCAAGCCCAAGCCGGUUUGGCUAGCUCCCCGGAAGUCCAAGGAGGAGCUGAAGCCAUCCAGGAUGGCGCGGAAGAUGGCUGAUUUCAUCCAGGAGGUGGAGUCCUACCGCGAGGACGGCUACAGCACGGAGAAUGUUCAGGUUUGCCAGAGGUCCAAGUCUGUCUCCAUCCAAGGCUUCGGUCGCAUCGGGACCGUCAACCAGGGCACCGUCACGUGGGCUUGGUCGGUGAAGGCGCGGUGCCGUUACGACGCCACGGUGCUGGACGAGGGGGCUGCCUUCGCCAGCAACGCGACCCCCUAUCUGAAUUCAGCGGUCUUCACGUGUUACCGCAUCUGGCCUGGGCCGGGUUUCCGUGCGCAGCUGAUCAUCGCCCGGCGUUCUGCGGCGAGGCGCGACUCCCAAAGGCUCAAUAGCUUUAGACUAUGGCUUGAGACGGUCGACCUCGCGGGGGCCAUUCCGACGGAAGCCCGCAGCCUGCCCGAGCACGUCCGCGCGCAAGGGUACACGGUGGCCAGCCGGUUGCCGGGGGGGGACCAGGAGCUGUUCCAGUUCCCCUCACUGAUAGAUGCAUGUGCGCAUUCACCGCGUCUUCUUUUAAAAGUUUCUCUCCAGUGGGCCACAGCCGUGGCAGAUCAUGCGGCGCUGGCCCUCGACACAGCCCUGCCAGUUCUUACCCGGGCUCGUCGCCAGCAGCAAGUGUGGCGGUGCUCCAACGAGCAGGGCUUCAUGAGUUUCUUCGCGGCGAGGUGCCCAGAUCAGCUUCGGGACCAUGGAGAGUUAGUCGGAAAGAUCCGAGUAGCAAGGGGAGCCUUCCGGGACGCGGCUUCCCGGAAGCAGCGACGCGCAGACCGAGAGCCUUUCCUCGUCAAAGCGCUUCGGCGAAGGGUUCGGGAGGCCCCAGACGCUGCGAGCCGCGGCGCUCGGCAGCGCGAGCUAUGGCACGCCCUCCAGCAGCGCUUCACGCAGAGGAAGCAAGCCGCGCAGCGCCUGCGGAUAUGCUCUGGCGGCGUGGUGGCAUCCUCGACGGCCCUUUCUCGAGUCGAGGCCCUGCUGCUCGGGCCAGAGGGAAGCCCGCGCGUCGAGAUCGAUCCAGCAGUCUGCCGCGAGGAGGCCUUGCGGCAUUUCCACCAGAAAUGGACUGCAGCGGGCGAUCUUGCUUCGGAGGCGGCGGCCGCGGCCCAGGCAUUCGUGGAUGCGGAGUGGCCCCUUGUGGCCCCAUCCAUGGAGCAGUGGGCGGACGCUGUCAGUAACAUGAAGAGCAAGGCCGUGUGUGACGGGUACGGCGUGGCCGCGCGGGCUUUCCAGCUUGCCUUCCAGGCCAGGGCGCAGAUACAAGGGGUGCUCAAGUCGAAGACCACCAGCGCCCCAGCCCUCAACGACCUCCGAGCACUGCUGCCGCAGCCGGUCCUUCUGCAGCCGAUGCACCUGCUGCUGAUAGACAUGGCUGGGCCUCUGGUGGAUAGCGUUGCCGAUGGCCUCGGAGCCGCGGCGGAUCUGUCCACCAAGCACACAGUGAUCGCAGGCGACAUCAAGGCGUAUUAUGACAACGUGGAGCCUUUGCGCGUGGCAGCGUGCCUGACCUCUUGGGGCGCCGACGUCGCCGUUGGAGUCGCGCUCGCCAGGCUCCAUCUUUGCCCAGACGUGUCCCUUGCCAUCAUGGGCGAGGCUGGGUCGGUGGGCCAACGCACGAGAGGCCUCCUGACUGGCAGCAAAAGCGCGGGCCUGUGCUCCCGCGUGCCCGUGGUGCACGUUCUCGGCGACACCAGUGCUGCUUCUGAACGGCUCUCUGCCACCCUCGGUCCGCCUGCCGCCCCGGUGCAGGUGCUGCCGGCUUUCUGGGCAGAUAAUUGCUAUGCAGUCGGCGCAGACCCCCAGCAAGCCAUAGAGCUGAUGCGAACCGUCGGGUCGAGCUUGCAGAAGCACUGGAAGCUGGAGCUGAAGCCCUCCUCCCGCCAGAUACUAGUCCAUCCGUCCCUAUUGGAUUCUCCGAACGAGAAGCAGCUCGGCGAGUGGGAGGUGAGGACGGUUUGCCUGGAUGCUCUUGGCUUCAUGAUCCACGUCGACGGGUCGCACCAGGCCAUGCUCGACGGUGCCGUCGCCAAGGCGUGGAAGAGCUUCUGGAGGCAGAGGGUGCGCAGUGCUGGCCGGCUUCCUGUGCGGUUGGCCAUGCGGAACAUGACCCGGGCAGUGUGGGCGGGGUUCCGUUACCGCCUUCCGCCGAUAGCGCCCGCGCCGACGCUGCGGAAGCGGUUGGACGCGGCCCAGCGGAAGAUGGUCGGCAUGCUGCACGGGCCCGUCCGCGCGCCCCCGGGAGAGCAACCGACCCCCGCGGAGGCAGCGAAGGCGUACCACAAGGGCAUCAGCGAAUUGAUCUCCGACCACGGGGGCCCAUGGGGCGAGCGAUGGCAGGUCCUGUCGGGGACGUGGCGCGCCCAUCUCCUGAGGCACUGGCGCACGCCAGCUGCCAGGGCGCUUGCGGCAGCGGACGGCCUGGCGACGGCUCGUGAGAUUACCAGGACGGAGAACUUUCUCCGCGGCAAGGGCACGGGCCGCCUCGGGACUAG